GAAAGCGUCCCGAAAAGCAGCAGAAACCAUGGCGAGCCCAGCGAAAGAGAACAACUACAGAAUGAAGAGCUACAAAAACAAGGCACUGAAUCCCGAGGAGAUGCGCCGGAGGAGAGAGGAGGAAGGAAUCCAGCUGCGCAAACAGAAGCGGGAGCAACAGCUCUUUAAACGAAGAAAUGUGGAGCUGAUUGGUGAAGAUUCUACCAUGUUUGACAGCCCCCUGGCUGAUUCAUUCGUUAGCUCCACCACAGCUGGGGAGGGAGUUAUCACAAGAGAGAUGGUGGAAAUGCUCUUCUCAGAAGACCCUGACCUUCAGCUAGUAACUACUCAGAGGUUCAGGAAACUGCUUUCAAAAGAGCCAAAUCCUCCAAUUGAUGAAGUGAUAAGCUCUCAGGGAGUGGUGGACAGGUUUGUCGAAUUCCUCAAGAGAAGUGACAACAGCACACUACAGUUUGAAGCUGCGUGGGCACUCACGAACAUUGCCUCUGGCACCUCUCUACAAACCAAGAUAGUAAUUGAGGCUGGGGCCGUUCCAAUCUUCAUUGAGCUGUUGAGCUCCGAUUUUGAAGACGUCCAAGAGCAGGCUGUUUGGGCCCUGGGGAACAUCGCUGGAGACAGCUCUGCUUGUCGUGACUACGUCCUCAACUGUGGCAUCCUUCCUCCUUUGUUGUUGCUCCUCACAAAGUCUACCCGAUUGACUAUGACGCGGAAUGCUGUUUGGGCUUUGUCGAACUUGUGCAGAGGGAAGAACCCACCCCCUGAAUUUGAAAAGGUGUCGUCCUGUUUGCCCGUCUUGUCACGUUUACUCUUCAGCAGCGACUCAGACUUGCUGGCAGAUGCCUGCUGGGCACUCUCCUACCUAUCAGAUGGCCCUAAUGAGAAAAUCCAGGCUGUAAUAGACUCUGGGGUAUGUCGGCGACUGGUGGAGUUGCUAAUGCACAGUGAUUACAAGGUGGCUUCCCCAGCUCUGCGAGCCGUUGGCAAUAUUGUGACGGGAGAUGACAUCCAGACUCAGGUGAUUCUGAAUUGCUCAGCUCUGCCUUGCCUCCUUCAUCUGCUCAGCAGCCCCAAAGAGUCCAUCCGGAAAGAAGCUUGCUGGACGAUCUCCAAUGUCACAGCAGGGAACAGGGCUCAAAUACAGGCUGUCAUAGAUGCCAACAUUUUCCCAGUGCUGAUUGAGAUAUUGCAGAAGGCUGAAUUCCGGACACGGAAAGAGGCUGCAUGGGCAAUCACAAAUGCUACAUCUGGAGGAACCCCGGAGCAGAUCAAGUACUUGGUAAACCUGGGCUGCAUCAAGCCACUCUGUGACCUCCUGACAGUCAUGGACUCCAAGAUUGUUCAGGUGGCUCUCAAUGGCUUGGAGAACAUUUUGCGGCUGGGCGAGCAAGAGGCCAAGCAGAGCAGCACGGGCAUCAACCCUUACUGUAGCCUCAUCGAGGAAGCAUACGGCUUGGAUAAAAUAGAGUUCCUCCAGAGCCAUGAAAAUCAAGAGAUCUACCAGAAGGCCUUUGACCUGAUUGAGCACUAUUUUGGUAUUGAGGACGAUGACGCCGCUUUGGCUCCCCAGGUAGACGAGAACCAGCAGCAGUUCAUCUUCCAGCAGCCAGAGGCCCCCAUGGAAGGCUUCCAGCUAUAACAUGUGCUGAGCAUGCGUGGGGGGAAACACCAUAACUUUGCUGGGAAGUUAACCACAGAGAGCCUUCCGUCUCCCAGCCCCCGUUCUCUUGUCUGCAGAGCGCAAGGCUGCAAAGCGCCCACUCCACCGGUUACAAAUGGCUUUCUCCUUCACUGUCACCUGGCAGUAAUGCUUUGCUCUCAUGAGGAGGAGAGAUUCUUACA